AUGGUGCCGGACAAGAUAGAUACGUUGGAGGCUCGCAUGUUUGAAUGCACGUCUCCCGCAAAGGAGUCGUCCCCGUCAAUAGGGGGCUUGACAGACGAUACAGCGACAACGGUUAGAACGACCACGAUCACUUCGGCGAAGGCACUCCCAGCAUGCAAGGAAAUUCACCAUCAGUACACGCAUCGACAGCCGCGGGUUUCACCUCGUGAACCUGCUUCUGUGGUUAGUGUCCAGCGACGAGAAUGGGGCAAACUCACGCGGCAACAGCGGCAGCAGAUCAAGCAAGCACUUCCUCCUGUUGUUGCAUAUAAGUUGCAUUUGCAACCGGCGGGAGGUGAAGCGGCGGCCACCGCCUCCACUCAAGUUCUCCCUAGCCGGGGAUGUUCGCUUGAGUAUCAGAGGUGGCUCCGACAGCAGGAGCAGCAGCAGCGGCCUUUCGUCAUUGUCGGUACAGUGGGCGAGUUCGGCGACCGAGUCCUACUUCUACCGGCCACCAGGGAGAGGCGGCAAGCGAUGGCCGCGGGAUCCGGAACGUCAGUGCCACUAACUUGGACCGACAGCAAAGGCUUCAAACGCACGACAUCCCUCAUCCAAACCAAGGCCAAGCCCAAAGUGUGCAACCCGCUGCUGAUGCUAGCCACCCUGCUGGCUUGGAUGCGAGAGUUUUCCCCAGGAGUCCUGCCCGAAAGUAAUCGCCCUGUCCUUCCGAAGGCCUUGUUGGCGCCGGACCAGGCGUCUUCGUCGGCCGCUACGUCGGCGCUUCAGAGCAACAACAACGGCAGCAAAAGUAACAUUAGGAGCAACAGCAGUGGCAACAAUAGCGGCGUUAGCAACGACAACGGUAACAGCAGCAACAGCGCUUUUGACAACAGCAGCAGCGCGGGCACUGCGGCCGACAUUCACGGGGCCGCCGGCAGAACUAAGGAAAAGUUCGAAACCGAAUUGUCCCCGGGUGCCGCUUGGUUGCUGGCGCACAUGAUGUUCGGCCGGGGCUCCGGCGGGCAGCAGCAGAGGGUCUCCAGCUAUGCGCAAGUGCCCCAUAAGGGCGAGAUCGGACUCAACGGAGGGGAAGCUGCGGCGUUGUCGCUUCUCUCGUGCCCUCUGAUUGGCUGGUGCCCAAGGCCAGAAGACGUGAUGGAGGCGCUCUCCGAAGGAGGGGGGAGCCUACGCGCAUACUCGAUAUCCCCGUCGGAGUUCGACGUUGGAGUGGCGGAUAAGGUUUGGGGGCAGGAGGUGACGCCCGACAUUCCUACGGUCAAGGAUCUGGGCGUCGAGCAGGAACGACAGGCGGACGGGGGCGGGGGGCGGGCACAGGCGGCGGUAGAUGAGCUGGUUCGAGUCGGGUAUGCCCGAAAGCGGGCCGUCCUAGGGCUGCUGACUUUGACCCCUGAGAUGGCGCCCAUGACCAGGCGAAUGAGUCCCCCGGCCAUGCCCAUCCUGUGGGGAGCUCAACAAGCACGAAAUAUUGCUGCCACCUCCGGCGUUUGCCGUGGCCGUAGCAGCGAAAAUCAAGGCUUCGGCGUCCAGCCGGAUGGCCGGAUGAGCGGGCUUGUGGGGGACUUGUGCGUGAAGCUGCACUUGUGGUGCUACAAGGUAAAGUAG